AAGCGGGUAUAGCCAGAGGUAAAAAUUACUCUCUGUGGGUAUUUUUUUUUUUACCCUCAAUUGAUAUUCUCGACUCAAAGAAGAACAUUAUUGUUUCUUUUAUGAAUCUGGCAAAUUAUUCUUACUUCUCUGGCAUGUGCAACAUGACCGCAGAGCCGUCGCCCGCAGAGGCCAGCCCUGUGGUCAUGUCUCCCAGCGUCAGCCUGGACUCGCCGGGGAUGCAGCUGCAGGUGCGGCCGAAGGACGGCGUCCUGAUCAAGUGCGAGCCCCGGGGCUCCAGCCCGGGCAUCACGGAGGAGGGAGCGGCCCUGGGCCAGACCCUGCAGGGCCAGGCCGAGGAGACGCUGCCCUCGGGCAGCCGCCGCAGGAAGAGGCCCGUCCAGAGGGGGAAGCCUCCCUACAGCUACAUCGCCCUCAUCGCCAUGGCCAUCGCCAACUCCCCGGAGAGGAAGCUCACCUUAGGGGGCAUUUACAAGUUCAUCAUGGAGCGCUUUCCUUUCUACAGGGAAAACUCAAAGAAGUGGCAAAACUCCAUCCGCCACAACCUGACCCUGAACGACUGCUUUGUGAAGAUCCCCAGGGAGCCCGGCAGGCCGGGAAAGGGCAACUACUGGACCUUGGACCCCGCCGCGGAGGACAUGUUUGACAACGGAAGCUUUCUGAGGAGGAGGAAGAGGUUCAAGCGCACGGAUGUGAGCACCUACCCGGGCUACAUGCAGAGCUCCAGUGCGUUCACCCCGACGCCCAUGGGCAGGCCGGCCUACCCCAACAGCCUUUACGCGGGGAUGGGGCCGGGCUACGGCUCCCAGCUGACAGCAUCCUCCCCGCAUCCCGCCAUGCUGCAUCACUACCAGACCCCCGCAGGGGUCGGCCUGCAGGGACAGCCCCGCAUGUUCAGCAUCGACAACAUCAUCAGCCAGCAGGCGGUGGACGGGGGGCUGGGCUCCCAGCAGGCCCUGCAUGGUGACCUGGGCACCAUGACCUCCAGCUGCUCCAUCUCAGACCCGUCUGCGUCCUUCCAGAGCCAGAGCGUGAACCCGUCAUCAGCCAACAUGCUCAGCAGCAGGAACAGCGGGAACCUCUCCUCCAACCUGACCAACGCCGGGUAUCCUUACUCCUCUUCCUCCGCCUCCCCCCCGAGCCUGCCCUCCAUGAGCCAGUCCGGCUUCUCCCCGGGGAGCUCCCAGGUGUACUGCUCGGGGAACCGGCUGUCCCUGCCGGCCCUGCGCCCCGGCUCCUGCGCCGAGCACACGGAGCAGCUGCUGGGCCUGUCGGGCCCCAUGAACUCCUACAACAACAGCUACAUGAGACAGAGCAACUUUGCGUCGGGACUAGAGCGGUAUAUGUGAGGGAUUGAUUGAUAGAAAAGAGAGAGAAGAGAUACACUACAGGUGUUGUGCCAAAAAGUGAUUGCCUGCCAGAAUCUGAUUUCUUCUGAUUUCUGGCCGCGGGAGCGCGCACAGCAGCCCGUUGAACGAUAGCGCUGAAACGUCAGAUUUUCAGAUUAUGAAGCUCAAGAAUGAGAUCAAGUCAUAUUUAGGCAGAAACAACUUUUCAUUAACUGUAUUUGGCCUUCAAUCAAUUUUUGGCAGGGGAAAAUGCCUAUUGUAACGGUCAUUUAAAAGAGUUAAAGGCAAUCCUGUGAGCUCUAGUAUUUAGCCUAUAUUAUGAAGCUCAAGAAUGAGAUCAAAUCAUAUAGGUAGAAACGACCUUUCAUUAAUUGUAUUUGGCCUUCAAUCAAUUUUUGGCAGGUAAAAAGACCCAUUUUCAGGGGAGAAAUCAGAUUCUGGCAGGCAAUCACUUUUUGGCACAACACCUGUUAACAUGAACAUCGCCUAAAGCCUUAAUUAUGGUUCUGCGUUAAAUCGACGCCGAGCCUACGCCGUAGAGUUACGGCGUAGCCUUCGGCGUAGGCUCUGCGUUGGUGUAACGCGGAACCAUAAAUCAGCCUUAAUGCAAACAGUCAUUGAAUGACAGAUUUACUUACUGUAGAAGUUCAGAAACGAAGUGACACAACAUGACCGAGCCUCAGAAUAAAACAUUCCUAUUUAUAAAGGUGCGAAGCCAUUCAGAUCCGUUUGACACAUUCCAUCAUUGUAUCUUCUGAUAUGUUGUUUCACAUGCGUGCCUUCUUCCUGUUCAAGUCAGUACUUCUUCGACUUUGUCAAAACUUGUUUUUUUAAAGUGUCAUUUAAAAAAAAAAACGAAUUGAAAACGGAUAUUUUCUGUGUGUAAAUAGCUUAUCAAUGUAAAGAUUUUAUUAAAAGAAGAAGGGUGUCAUUUCUGGAAAAACAUUUCUUGGUUACAUGAAAAUAAUGAUUUUUUUUUUUCGUGCACAGCAGACUUAUUAUGCUUUCUGUGUAACUCAAGGUUUUAUAUCAGCAAUUAAUGAGUAACAUAAUAAUAUGAAAAAAGGCUAUGAAGGUUCAACUUAUUUUAUCUAAUAAUUAAAUUACUAAGAUUUAAGUCAAUAGCAUAAUAAGAUUCAAUUAAUUUCAUAAAACCUGUUCUGUGUUUCACUAAGGAGUUUUGAUAGCAAUGCUUCUAUUUAUUUUGUUAAAUAAAGGUGUCUUGAAAGUUUUAAGAGUCAUGGUUUGUAUUUCAGAUCAUUUGUAAUACAGUAUUUCUGUUGUCUGUAUGACCACAAUAACAGGCCUUUAAAAUCCUUAAUACGUUUUGCUUUGGUUUAGAAUGUGCUUUGGGGGAGUGUUGAUUAUUGAAAGUUAUCAGAUAAGCAGAUCACAGACUGAAGACAUGCAACUCCACACAAUAAUCUGGGCCCAAUUUCUUUGAAUACCUGCACCAUUUUUGGAUUUUCCCGUUUUACAUCUGUGGUAUAUCAGCAUCUGUACAGAAAUGAUUUACUUCAUCACGUUUUG